GGUCCUUUAAAGCGAAUUAUGAUCGCAAGUUCCCCGCGCCCAGACUCUGAGCUGCAGAAAACCGGGUCAAGUGUCGUAGCUGCAGAGCUGCAUUGUCUGUGCCACCAGCGAGGAAUGGAGAAUAACAGAUCCUCUUCUGUUCUGUGUGGAGUUAAGAGACACCGUAGUCAUCUCCCACCCUCCUAAAAGUGGGAAAAAGCUUUUGCUCUGUGGACCUGCUGGACAUUCAUGCACAUUUGAAAUCAUCAGAGGGAAAACUGUCGAUUUUCUUACUUUUAAAGACAAUCGUCAGGAGGAUUCUUCAAGCAGUCACUAUGUCAAGCAACACAGAUGUUUCUCUGUCUUCGUAUGAUGAGGGUCAAGGAUCUAAGCUUCUCCGGAAAGCUAAGGAGGCGCCGUUUGUCCCCGUUGGAAUAGCAGGCUUUGCAGCAAUUGUUGCAUAUGGAUUAUACAAAUUGAAGAGCAGGGGAAACACUAAAAUGUCCGUGCACCUGAUCCACAUGCGUGUAGCAGCCCAAGGCUUCGUUGUGGGAGCAAUGACCCUUGGUAUGGGCUAUUCCAUGUAUCGGGAGUUCUGGGCAAAGCCUAAACCUUAGAAGAAGAGAUGCUGUCUUGAUCUUUUUGGAAGGGCUUGUUUUAGUUAGACAUUUCAUGUUGAGGUUACAUAUUUGUGUCAAAAAUAAAUCAUCUGAGUUGGUUCAAACUAUAUUAUAGUAUCUUGAAUAAUGUUUUUUCCUCAAAGACUUGAUGACCAAGUUAGUGUUGACUGGUUCACUAACUGUGUCAUUUGGGGUCAACAUGAAAGAAACAGGUCACCUGCAUGCACUUGAUAGUGUUAAAAAGUCCACCUUCCCUAAAUCCUCAUGACCAAAUUCUUUCUACCGCUGGCCAGCCCUGAAGUACUGCAGCUCUGCUGCCAAAUACUGCAUGCCUUGCGUGUUGGGUAGGAAUCCUGUUGGCCUCAGCUAUCUCAGCUUUUAUUUAUCUGCCUUCUGGACCGGUGUGAGGACUUCAGUGUUUAGGGUUGGCUGGCUCUUGAAGAACUCUUUCAAAACACACACGAGAUACGACUUACAAACCUUCCCACAGCAAUGUGUGUGUUUGUGUGCUCAAACCUGGAAAACCUAUGUCAGCGCUGCGUAGAAGUAGUAUUUAUUUCGGAAUCACAUUUGUAAACACAAGAAUAGCUUACCUAUGAAUUACAGUUUAGCUCUUUUAUAAUUAUAGAAUUAUAUUUUUGCUGCUGUUGUAUUAGAAUAAUUUUUAAAUGUCAUCUUGAAAUAGAAGUAUUUAAGUGCUAAUGCACCGAUAAAGAAACACUUUCUAAAUGUGUGCAGUACGUUUAUUUUCUCUGUCAGAAUUGUAAGUGUUAAACACUUUACCCAAAAUGAGGCGAUCGGUGGUUUCAUAGCAAACUGGUUUAGUCAGACGUUACACACAGACCUUGAUACACUACAGAACGUUUGUAAAUACUUGUAAAAUUCUCUUCUCUACCCUGAACUUACAUUCCCUGGUGGCAACAUGGUGUCUGUGUCAUGCUAUUAAAGUAGGUGAACACAUCAAA